AUGGCAGGACCGGCUGCGAAAAAGGCGACUACACCAGCUAAAAUGUCAUCGGGGACGAAGAAUUCGUCUACCAAGAAAAACACAAGCAUCUUGAGCUUCUUUCAAAAGACAGACACGCCACCAGGUGCCAGUUCUCGCCAGCCUCGGAUCACUCAUUUUGGAAAUCCCGCUUCACGAUCGCCGAGCAGUGGCAGAGGUACGCCAAUAACCAAACGAGGAAUUGCAUCGGCAAAUGAUGCGAGUGGAGAUCUGUUUCUCGAGGAUAAAAAGGGCCUGGCGAAGCUCCACGCAGCGACAGAAGGGAGAACAAAAUCCCGAUCACCAACGCCUGACAUUUGGGGCGAUGACGAAGAACUUGUGAAGGCAGAAGAUGAUAGAGGAACUGGGAGCGGAUCAGCGGCCAAGCGACGAAAGGUUGACACCCAAAGUACCACAACCGUUGAAGACGAGAAACCAGGCACCGAACCAGUCAGCAGCAAACCGCUUGCGCCAGCGAAGGCACAGAAACGAAGUGGACCUUUCAUCGACGAUUCCGACAGUGAAGAUGAUAUGGAAGGCUUCCAGGAUAAUCAAGAGACCGCACCCGCCACAAACCCGCUUGCAUCCACGAAGGCACGGAAACAAAGUGGGCCUUUCAUCGACGAGUCAGACGGUGAUGACGAUAUGGAAGCUUUCCAGGGCAUCGAAGAGACCGCGCCUACUACAACCAACGUUACUGCCGACGAGUCUUCACCAUCAGACGACACCGUGGGCGCAAAGAACCCUCCCGAGUCUAUACCUCCGCCAUUGGUAAGAGCCGCCACAAGUAAUGCCGAUAUUGAAGAAUACGCGAAUUUUGACGAUCUAGAAGAAGAAGACGAGCUUAUAGCGGAGGAACUUCGAAACCGGCCGUGGGAGGCCGAAGAGCAAGAUCAAUAUAUCGACAUGGAUAUAGAUCCAGAUAACGAUGGCAACGACUGUUCGGGGGUAGAGGACCCUGUUGGGGAGGAAGUGAGCACAUGUCCGAUUUGCCAAAGAGCAUUGAAGGGUCUAAACGAAACCGAGAUUGCUGUCCACGUCAAUGACUGUUUGGAUGGAAAGGUCAGCACGGCCACGACCACACCAACACCAGCGUCCAACCCAACCACGACGACCAUUUCGAUGCCCGAAGAUACUAAUAAGGGGCUUACACGCGCCGACAGAGCUGCCAUUGCUCGACCUGCGCAACGGGAUCCAUACGCGCAACCCAAGCCCAAUGGAAAAUCUGCAUUUUCCCAAAUGAUGGCAGGGAAUGCAGAAGAUACGGCCUGGAAUACCGCAGCAGCUAACGAAGUUUCUUCGCGCGGGAAACAAGCGUACCAAAGGACAUGCCCAUUCUACAAGAUUCUCCCUGGAUUUUCAAUCUGUGUCGAUGCCUUUCGCUAUGGGGCCGUGGAAGGAUGCAACGCCUAUUUCCUCAGCCAUUUCCAUAGUGAUCACUACAUCGGGCUAAGCAAAUCCUGGCGCCAUGGGCCUAUUUACUGCAGUCGGCCCACCGCCAAUCUGGUCCGCCAGCAGCUUCGGGUUGAUCCUAAAUGGGUGGUCGAUCUCGAUUUUGAGUCGACCUGCGAGGUCCCAGGGACAGGGGGUGUGCAGGUCACAAUGCUUCACGCAAAUCAUUGCCCUGGGAGCUCCCUCUUUCUUUUCGAGAAGAGCUUUGGGUCUGGGCCCAAUGCUCGCCAGCAGCGGGUCCUCCAUUGUGGUGACUUCCGUGCGUCUCCUGCUCAGGUGCAACAUCCACUUCUGCGUCCCGACGUGACAAAUCCUGUUACUGGCAAGCCGAGGCAACAGCAUAUCAACACGUGUUACCUUGACACUACCUAUCUGAAUCCUAAGUACGGAUUUCCAUACCAAGAGGACGUGAUCGCAGCGAGCGCAGAGCUCUGUGUACGCCUGAACCAGGAAGCUGGCAUCGGGAUUGAUACCAAGAAUGGCGGGGGUGGUUUGAUGAGCAAAUUCCUUUCUACGAAAACACCAGAAAGCAAACCGCCAGGCGAUGCUCCGCAGAUUGGCGGUCGACUGCUCGUUGUGAUUGGCACAUACAGCAUUGGUAAAGAGCGCAUCUGUAUGGGGAUUGCGCGAGCCCUUGGAUCGAAGAUUUUCGCGACCCCACCCAAGCAGCGAAUCUGUGCCUGUUUGGAGGAUCCAGAACUCACUGCGAUGCUCACCACGAACCCGCAUGAAGCGCAGGUCCAUAUGCAAACGCUCUUUGAGAUCCGCGCUGACACCCUGGCCGAGUAUCUCGAUGGCCUCAAGCCGCACUUUUCCAGAGUCGUCGGAUUCCGCCCGACGGGCUGGACGUACCGACCGCCCACGGGACGGGUCUUACAAAAUCCUCCCGUGUCCACCGUGCUACAUGGCGACAAUUGGAAAAGCCCAUUCACAGUCCACGACCUUACCCCACAGCGCGGGAGCACCAAGGAGAGUGCCUGUUACGGUGUGCCCUACAGUGAGCACAGUUCAUUCCGCGAACUGACCAUGUUUUGCUGUGCCUUGCGGAUUGGGCGGGUCAUUCCGACCGUCAAUGUUGGGUCCCAGAAGAGCCGAGACCAGAUGAAGGUUUGGAUGGAGCGGUGGGAGGUGGAAAAGAAGAAGAAUGGCCUGUUUCCCGUCACCGGGGAUCGAUGGCGAUGA